CUCGUUGUGCAGGGGUUGCGUGGCGCGACGCGGGCGGAGUGCGAGUGCGAGAGCCACGGUCACACAGAGGAUAGAUGAGCACCAGUGGAACCCGGCUAGCCGUGUAAAUGCCGGAGUGUCAGCGCCCGCACCGCAUCUCGCAGUGAAUUCGGGAGACCGAGAUGGAUGUAAACGGAGUUUCUCAGUGUCGGGAGAACGGGAGCCUGGAGCCCAUCCCCCACGCUCAGGGGUCUGGAGGCAGCGGCUGUCAGCAGCAGCAACAACACCAGCAGCAGGAUGGGCAGCAAGAGGAGAGGGCAACUCUCACUGAUAGCCACAGUCAGGAGAAGAGGCAAGCAAAUGAGCAGGAAGACAAGAAGAGUGUAUCAACCACCAAGACUGCCGGCACUCCAUCUUACAGCAGAUGGUCUAACACUCAGCCACACCAGCAGCCAGGCCCUGCAGUGAGAACGUUCCAGAACAGUAAGGCGAGGGUCACCAUGAGCCCUGGCUUUACUCCACAGUGGAGCAACAAUCAGUCUGCUUGGAACAGUUACGCCUACCCCAGGGCUAAUGUUCACAUUCAGUCCCAUGCCAAUUACAGCUACUGCCCUGGGCACCCUGCCCAAUCCUAUGCACCAGCUCCCCACCCUAUGGCUCCACCCAGUCCAAGCACAAACAGCAGCAACAACAGUGGUGGUGAACAGCUGAGCAAGACUAAUCUCUACAUUAGAGGCCUGCCUCCCGGCACGACUGACCAGGAUCUCAUCAAGCUGUGCCAGCCAUAUGGAAAGAUCGUAUCAACAAAGGCUAUCCUAGACAAAAACACCAACCAAUGCAAAGGCUAUGGUUUCGUAGACUUUGACAGCCCCGCAGCUGCACAGAAGGCAGUGGCGUCACUCAAAGCCAGUGGAGUACAGGCCCAGAUGGCAAAGCAGCAGGAACAGGACCCAACCAACCUGUACAUCUCAAAUCUUCCCGUAUCCAUGGACGAGCAGGAACUUGAGAACAUGCUAAAACCUUUUGGCCACGUAAUUUCCACAAGGAUAUUAAGGGAUGCAAAUGGAAUAAGCCGAGGUGUGGGGUUUGCCAGAAUGGAGUCCACUGAGAAAUGUGAAGUAGUAAUUCAACAUUUUAAUGGAAAGUAUCUGAAAAUGCCACCAGGUGUACCAGCCCCCGGUGAGCCUUUGCUGUGCAAGUUUGCAGACGGAGGGCAGAAGAAAAGGCAGAAUCAGAGCAAGUACACACAAAAUGGAAGGCCGUGGCCCAGAGAAGGAGAGACUGGGAUGGCUUUAACCUAUGAUCCCACAGCUGCAAUGCAGAAUGGUUUUUAUUCUUCACCAUACAGUAUUGCAACAAAUCGUAUGAUUGCACAGACAUCUAUCACACCAUACAUUGCUGCUUCUCCUGUGUCAACAUAUCAGGUCCAGAGUACAUCAUGGAUGCCUCAUCAACCAUAUGUUAUGCAACCAGCCGGUGCUGUGAUAACGCCCACAAUGGACCAUACCAUGUCCAUGCAGCCAGCCAGUAUGAUGGGACCCUUGACCCAGCAGAUGAAUCACCUGUCACUGGGCACAGCAGGAACAUACAUGACUGCUGCCGCGCCUAUGCAAGGGACCUACAUUCCCCAGUACACUCCUGUGCCUCCAACAGCUGUCCCUGUUGAAGGUGUUGUUGCUGAUACCUCCCCACAGACGGUAGCGCCUUCAUCACAGGAAGCCAGUGGCCAACAGCAGCAGAUACCAGUGGAAACAACCAAUGAACAUGCGCCUACCUACUCUUACCAACAAGCUAAACAGUAAACGGGACUGAAAACAGGAAUCAUGAGCUGAAAAUUGCCUUGAACCAGGAAACUUCAGUGAAAAUGAAGGUGGCUUCCAGUUUGCACAGGCGUCAAAUGAAUGCUUUUUAUUUCCUACCUUACCUGACAAAAAAGUGUUUUUAUGUGCUGUGCAAAUGGUUCAGUGAUGUAGUCUGACAGUUUAAUUUUGCUAUAAAAUCUUAUUUUUAAAAGAGAAAGAAAAUCCCAUAAGGGGAAUUGUUCUGACUUUUCAUUCAGAUGAACAGGUUAAAAUAUAAAUGAUUUGUAUGUUCAGAUAGACUUAGGAACUGUAAGACUGACAAGUUUGGAAGAGGAAGGAAGAUGCAGUGUUUUAGGAAAGUUUAAUAGUCUUCCUCUGAUAUUAAGCUACUCUUUUUUUCAUGUCUUUUAUUAAUUUGUAGGUUUUUCAGAAAUGUUUAGCUAAGAUUUAUCUUGACUCUUAAUUGCCUUAAUUUUGAAGACGUCAGGCUCUCAAAGCCAGCUGUCAACGUUGCGUUAGGAAUUCUAGAUUGAAAUUAUGUGCUUGGACCAAGUGGUUGGUGCAAGAAUUUGAUAAAAGCUUAACUUUAUAGGGAGGUAAAAUGCUAAUAAGCUGUACAGGUUAAAACAAAAAAAAACAAAAAAAUUUGUUGCUUGAAUUCUUUUGCAGAAGAACACAGUUUUAUGGAUAAAGAACAAGGGCGACUGACAAAAUCUAAAAAAAAAUUGCUGAGACUUUUAAUGAAUUUUGUCUUAGAGCAGUGGAAACUGACAAUUUGCAGAAGGCAGAAAGCGUUUUGUGAUUUGUAAAAAAAAACUGUAUUAUGCAAAGUACAGUUUUUCGCUUAAAGCAGAUUGUUUUAUUUACGAAGCGUAAUUGCUAGCAACAGAAUUAGUGCUUUAUAUUUGCAAUCUUUUUUAUUAGCUUUAUUUUUUUUUAGUCUGCUUUGCUUGUCACCUUGCAGAUACAAGCUAAAGAGUGAAAGGUGAGAACUAAAUAAAUGGGAGCUUAUGGUUAAAAAGAAAUCAAAGCAAAAGCAAUAGAUUGAAGAAAUUGUGGACAAUUUCUGUAGUCUUUAAUUUUCAUAGUUGUGGAUCAAAUGCAGCCUAAGUAUGGCCUAUUUUAUACCAAAGAUGAAGUGACACCCUAAAGCAGUCAAGAAGCUAGAGAUUUUUUCUGUUGUUUUUUUAAAUCUUUAUUUGACCUACAUGGCCGGACCAGUUCUUACUUUAUUUUCUUUAAACUUUUCUUCCACUGGUUAUUCUCUAUAACACUCACACACGCGCAUACAUACACACACACAAACGCACACAUGCACACACACAGAAAGAAUGUUUAUCUAAAAAUAUUGGUGGUGCACUAGUAUUGUGGGGUUGGGGAGGUGGGGGGGGUAUUCAUGUACAUCUAAAGAAGGAUUAAUUCUGUAAAAUAACCAAUUUUUUCUGUCCUAACUUUGGCCUUAACACCUGUUUGUAAAUGUGCAUAUUAUGUGUUACUUUUGCAAAGUUCCAUUACUUUUUUCGGUCUUCCUUCAUAUUUUAUGCAUCUGGAUAGCCCAUUGAUCUACCUCAGUCUAUGCCAUCUCCGAUUGUGCUGAGCAGCUGUUAUCCAGCCAUUUAGCAAAGCUUCAGUUUCCCCCAUGCUACCUGCCGACCUUUUUAACGUGCCCAGCGUUUCUUGUGUGCAGAUUGCCUCGACGGGGCAGUGAUGAAGGUGCACAUCAGGUCUUUAGCAGCCUCUUAAAAAUAAAAGCCUCUGUGUACCCAGGCUUGGGUUACUUAACCAUGCAGGCAACUGUAGCAGACAGAACAGUCACUGCCCCGGUGGCUUGUCAAUUUUAUACUUAACAAAACCUGAUAUUAAAAAGUUCAAUACCUUUUUUAAACACAAGAGAUUCUGACAAAUGCUGGAAAUCCAGACCAACUCAUGCAAAAUGCUGGAGGAACUCAGCAGAUCAGGCAGCAUCUAUGGAAAUGGAUAAACCAAAACUCUUCAUUAGGACCUGAUGAGGUUGUUCCCCUCCAUAGAUGCUGCCUGACCUGCUAAGUUCCUCCAGCAUUUUGCAUGUGUUGCUCAAUAUGCUUUUUGUAAGUUAAAGGUAUGACUUUGUGCUAUUGAUGGUACGUUUACCGUCAAAUCACAACAGAUAAUAGAUUCCAUUUUUUUGGAUCUUAAUAAGAAAUUAUUGUAAUUUUAAUGGUGGAAAAAUAUCAUUAUCUUUGAUAUUUAUAUGGUAUCACAUGGUACCAAAUGGAAAUAUAAUGUGCAGAUUAUGAUUUUCCCAUUCCAUAAAGGUAAAUAUCAUUCUGGAAGUAUGCUACUGCUGUUGUUAAGCAGUUCGAUAGAAACUUCAUUAAUUCAUAGAAGCAUCCCUUGCAGAAUUUUAUGAUAAAGAGAGUGGACAUUUUGGGAUUAAGAGUGGUUCUGAUUAUUAACAUUCUGGAUGUGGUACUUAGUUAAGAUAACUGCUCUUUCCCUCCUGAUUUUGAGGAAGAAAUUGCUGACAAUCAGGUUUUUGAAGUGAAGAAGAAAAAUCAGGAGGAAAAGGACUGAUGUGCUUGGGCAAUAUGAUUAAUGUGCAGGAAACGGGCUUCAGGGCAGAUUUUGUCAAUAAACAGAACCAAAGAAAGAAGUGUUGCUGUAGUGACCAACAAGUAAUUCGCCUCUCUCUAAAGAUGCAAAAUCUGUGCCUGUCUCAAAUGAUAUCAAAUGGAUGGGAUGUAAAUCAUUUAAUAUUACAUACUAACCUUAAUUCAGUCCUUUCAGAAUGUGAUUUCUCAAGAUUUUUGUAGCUUGUUUGUAGUGUCCAAAUUAAUCAUCUUUGCACAAUUUGAGUCUUCAUCAUUAAAAUCUAACUAAAUUAGUAUUUUAGACUAUACAGUAUAGGGGCAGAAUUAAGCCAUUCAGCCCACUGUGUCCAUCAUGGCCAAUAUUUUAUCCCUCUCAACCCCAUUCUCCUGCCUUCACCCCUUACUUAUCAAGAACCUAUCAACCUGUGCUUUCAAUAUACCAAUAUAAUUUAUUAUACUUCCUGAAGGACAAAUGAAAUGCAUGGAGAGCAAAAGAGUGUAUCUGCUUGAAUAAUCUAAAAUAUUCUCCAACAUAACUGAGUUUAAUUGGACUUUGUUUUAAUGAUUUUUUGACACCAGUUUGGCUUGAAUAAUUUUAAGGUAACUACUUGAUCAUUAUUUUUUUAAUUACAGUGAGGCCUAUUGCAUCUAAUAGACCAUAAGACAUUGGAGCAAAAUCUGGCCAUUCAGCCCAUUGAGUCUGCUCUACUCUUCAAUCAUGGCUGAUUUAUUGCCCCUCUAAACCGCAUUCUCUUCAAUGAAUCUCAAUGCAUCCAAGUGGAACAAGUUCUGGCUUUUUAUCUAUUCCCUAGAUUUUCCCCAUUCAUUUAUCAGAUGUCAGCAUCCAUUACAGAGCCAGUAUUUAGAGGCCAUAAGACGUAGAAACAGAAUUAUGCCCUCCGGUCCAUCAAGUCUUCUCCAACAAUCCAUCAUGGCUGAUUUAUUAUUCCCUCUCAACUCCCAUUCACCUGGCUUCUCCUCGUAACCUUUGACAAUAUUAUUAUUCAAGAACCUUUCAACCUCUGCUUUAAAUAUACCCAGUGACUUGGCCUGCACAAGCCUCUGUGGCAAUAAAUUCCACAGAUUCACCACCAUCUGGCUAAAGAAAUUCCUCCUCAUCUCUAUACUAAAGGGACAUCCUUGUACUCUGAGGCUGUGCCCUCUGGUCCUAGACUCCCCCACUUUAGGAAGCAUCCUCUCCACAUCCACUCUAUCUAGACAUUUCAAUAUUCAAAGCUUCUGUCCAAGUUGUCUUUUCCUUAAGAACAGAAGUGCCCAGUGAUGGUUAGUGAACAAUCAUGUUUGACUGAUUCAAACAUAAUUUGGGCAAAUUCACUCCCAAAAUUAUCUUUCAAGAUGCCCCUCUAAUGUUGAUUAGAAAAUUAACGAAGUAUAAAUUAGCUAAAAUCAUCUUAAUCUUUCCUUAAGUGAGUUCAAUGGAGUUCAUCAGUGGAAAGAUAAGUUGUUUUCUUUCUGAAUUACUGGAUAUUCAUCAUUUCCCAAUCCCGUUCCUCUGUUUCCAACAUUGCCACCCCAUUCACAUACAUGCCUGAGACAAUUUGCAAUGACCACUUACCUACAGACUCAUGAGUGGUUGGUAUGUGGGAGGAAGUUUCAACAUUCAGGAAAAGUUUGGAUAGGUACAGGUCUGUGCUAAAGUCUUGGACAUAUAUAUAUAGCUGGGGCGCCCAGGACUUUUGCACAGUACUGUAUGUUGGUUAAGAUAGGUAGGUGGUUGGGAAAUGGGAAUAAGAGUACUCAGCUUUAUAUUAGCUCAAUAGUGUUAUUUGGUAACUGGAACGAUAUACAGUACUGUGCAGAAGUCUAGGCACCCUAGCGAUUUUAUAUGUGCCUAAUGCUUUUGCACAGUACUGUACAUGGAUGGGAGGGGUAUAGAGUGCUCUGGUCUAGAUGUGGGUCGAUGGAACUUGGCAGAAUAACUAGAUGGGCUGAGGGGGCUGUUUCUGUGCUGUAGCGCUCUAAGAUUCUGUGAAAUAGAAUUGGGGUGGUGGGGGUCUGUGGGUGGAGGCAGAAUUUGUCAUACUGGCUUCAAGGCACGUGGGCAGUGUAGCUGGCACAUGUGUUCUCAUGCAUUUCCGUUCGGUGUUAUCACACUCCUCCCAAGAGCCACUGCUGGCUCAGAUUAAUCCACAGUAUAUCAUUGGGCUGCCUGAAUUAAAUUUGCUGUGAGCACUUAAACCCAGAAGUAGACUGAAAUUAAUGUACCAUCUAUUACUUUAAACAAGAUAAUGAAAGGGUCUGUAAUUUUGUUCUUAUAAUCAGCAAAACAGACGUUAGGCCAUUUGUCCAGCUUGUCUGUGCUAUCCAGUUAAUCCCAGUCUAUUCCUUCCCCUGUAGCAUGUUCAACAUCGCAUGUGGGCAUGGAAGCAUGUUGACACUUGUGGGCUGCCCCAAGCACAAUCCUCAGAUUGUGUUGGUCGUAGUCACAAACAACAUAUUUCACUGUACUUUUCAAUGUACAUGUGACAAAGCUGAUUUCUUUCUCAUAAUCCUGCAGCCCUUUUGGUUAUAGUUUGCAUUCAACCUGAUUCCACCACCAUUCAGACAAUAUGCUUUAACUACUCAUUAUACUGAAUUCUUGUGGUAGUCCCAUAUAACGUUAUCCCCUGGAUGAUGCUUCCUUCUCCCAUUUUUUUGAUUACUAGGUUUUAUGACAAGCUAUAGGCACAAGAUAUUCUGCAGAUGUGGAAAAUCCAAAGCAGCUCACACAAAAUGCUGGAAGAACUCAGCAGGUCAGAUAGCAUCUAUGGAAAUGAACAAACAGUUGACAUUUCAGACCAGGACCCGAUGAAGGGUCUCAGCCGAAAAUGUCAGUCUAUCAUUUCCAGACAUGCUGCCCAACCUGCUGCAUUCCUCCAGCAUUUCAUGCGUGUAGCUUUAUGGCAGGUUAAGUUUAUCAGAGCUGCACACAUCACUGAUAUGUACAAGUCUAGUUUUCUACCUGCUCAAAUUCUUCUAGGUUUCUAGACAAAUGUUACUUUGCAGGUGAGAGGGUAGCUGAUGAAUUUUUGACAAUUGAUUCUUUCUUGAUUAUGCAAUGGUAGUCUUGGACCGUUUUAAUCAAGCGUACAUAAAUAUAAUGGUAGCCCAAUGAGACAAACUGAGUGCAAUAUUUGACUUAUCAUUUUAGUCUUUCGUCCCUGUUGAGCUGAUGUGAGGACUAGAGUAAUUUUCCGGCUGGGAAAUUGAGUUUAAACUAAACUAGAUGAAAUGUGCUGGAAUGCAUCUUUGUAAAAUAGUCAGUCCUUGCAAAUGUUUUAACUGAAGGUCCAUAAUAAAUGUGACUCCUCAGAUUUAACUUGUCUAAACUGUAUGUUUAGGGGUGAAAGAGUUGCACCUUUUGAUGUCAAAGAUACAUAUGACUUAAUGUAUCACUUCAUCUGGGCGCCAUGGUAGCAUAGCGGUUAACGUGACGCUAUUACAGCUUGGGGCAAUGGAGUUGCGAGUUCAAUUCCAGCGCAGUCUGUAGGAAGUUUGUACGUUCUUAUUGUGAGCGCAUGAGUUUCCUCUGGGUGCUCUGGUUUCCUCCUGCAUUCCAAAGACGUACCGGUUAGUAGGUGAAUUGGUCAUUAUAAAUUGUCCUUCGAUUAGACUAGGGUUAAACAGGUGGGUUGCCAGGUGGUGCAGCUCGUAGAAGGGCCUGUUCCAUGCUGUUUCUCAAAAUAAAAUAAAUAAACUGAUAGUACCCAUGAAGCUAAGUCACUGCUUGGCAUACAGCCUAUAGAAAGUGUAGAUAAUAAUACAGUAUCAGAAAUACCAUUUUUUUUAAACAAAUUGGCUUUGGCGGACCAGGGAGGUACGUUAGUUUGAAUUUCCAAUUAUGGACAUUUGAUAAAUUAUAGCGCUGCUAACCAAUCAAAUUUUAUUUUGAAGUGUGUACGUUUAUGAGUUUAUGCGAGAGAGAGAGAGAGAGAGAGAGAGAGAGAGAGAGAGAAAGAGAGAGAGAGCAAGAGAGAGAGAGAGAAAGACAGAAAGACACGAUUGCCUCUGAGGCUCCUCAAAGCACUUAUCCCAAAAUUUAUAUCUAAUUAGUGUAGAGAUAUUAGUAUUGUUAUUGGUAUCCUUGUUUUUCAUCAAUGUAAAGAGAAAACAGAUCGCAAAGAGGAAUGCGAAUCCAUCAUUGUAUUGCAUUAAACAAUUUGCACACAAGACAUGCACAUCAAAUUAGCUUUAAGAUCUUUUUGUUUGCUCUGGCAGUUUCUAUUCAGUGUUAAUAUCAUUGGGUCAUUGUCUGCUAGUAAUCCUCCAGUCACAGUGUCAAUGUUACAUCCACAGAAUGUUUUAGCAUUUCUGAAGGGAAACACCCAUCCAAGUUGCCUUUUUGUUAAUAUCCGAAGUGCCCAGUGAUGGUUAGUUUUCAAACCACCGAGAAUCGUGUUUGACUGAUUGAAAAAAAUAACACGAGCUUGGUCUUGAUACUUGGCUCACGCACCCUUAAGACAGACAUCUGAGAUUCUGCCAAGAUUCAGAGUUUAGAACUUUGAAACAUUUCCUUACUAACUUGGCAUAUUUGAUUAACCAGAAGACUCACACUUCUUUAACAAAUGAUGUAUUAAAUAACUGGAAUGUGAAAAUUUCAGUUCCUAUUGUGGGUGUAAUAUCAACACUGACUGUUAAGCUGUGGCAUGCUGAGUGGAGAAGGUCGUUGUUUGAGAUCCAUCAGGAAGGUACAUUGACAUACCAGUUGAUAACCUUGUCAAAUUAGUACAUGCAGAUGAUGAGACUGCUCUGUGUAUCAAUUCAGAUCUAUGCUGCUUCAUUCAGACAUAAAUGUUUUCAUCAUGUAUAACCUCACAGGGAAAAAAAUGUCUUCUAUCUUUUCAAAUUCUGGCAGGCAGAGGUCAGAUCAAAAUACAUAUUUAACCUUCUAAGUUCUUUGAUUUUUUUUGGAAAAGAGAUUACUUUUCCACGUUGGUUUUCGCUUGUUCUUGAUAUAAAAAGAUUGAUAUUUGGAUGAUAAAUAAUUGACUCAACAGUAAAAAGGCAGCGUCAAUUCUUUGAAAAAAAAUCUUAGCAGAGAUGAAGCUAAGUUUAUUGUCCUAAAUUGAAUUAGGAAUUAAUCGAGAAUAGUUUGCUAGGUAAAUAAAGUCUCUGCCAGGACAAUCGAUAAAUCAAAGUGAAAAUGCACUUCCUUUGGAAGAAAGCUGUGGUAAUGUUCAUUUUGGAAGGCACCAACUCAUUUUGUGAUGAUCCCACAAUCUAUGGACAUUUAGUCAAGAAAACUAAACUGCUGGUAAUAAAGCUCCUUACAUCCAGAUAGUGUGUUUUAAUGUUGUUCAUUAUCAUGCAGGAAAAACUACAGAACUUGGAGGGUUAAAUGCCAUCCCCUUCUGUCUGAUAUUAAUUUUUAUUUUCAUUUCUUUCAAACCUGCACAGGGAAAACUCUGUAACCUGGUCCAAAAACCAGGUUUAUUUCACCAGGCAUUAAAUUAUGAAACUUUUAAUUUAUGAAGACCUUUUUUUGUACAGAUUUUUUUUUCAUUUUAAAAGAAACUCAUAGAGAUGUCUAUAAGAUCAAGAAAGUUAAUUUUUUUAAAACUUGUGUUUCAUUUGUGCCACAGACAUGCUGGGCAUCACUUUGUCUAGCAGUUCUUUCAUUAUCUGUUUGCUCCUGGAAAUUUAUGUAGAUCAGUGGAUGUUAGGUUUAAAAUUCUGUUUUCUUUGAAGAAGCUUUCAAUAAAAAAGAAAUCUUUGAAAAAAA